AUGCAGCAAUGCUGUUCGAGAAUGAAUACCAGCAGCGAUAUUCCCUUGAUUCAACAUCAAAUUGACUUUGUAAUCGUCAUCCAACAACGAGAAAGCAGACGAACUGCCCGCGGCUCAACCACUUCCAUUCGAACUUCACCUCAGUGUAGUGAACAGUCGCCAGGCCAUAAAGAUGAAAAACCAUCAACUGAUUUAACUCAACAACACUUCAACAAUGUAUCAUCUCCAUCGUAA